AUGAACGGUGGCAUCUCGUGCGUUGCCUUGCUGAUCAGUUUGACGCAGCUGUCAUCCGCAGACAACCCGCGGUUACCGGCCUUUUACGAGCUCGACGAUUGGGACAAUUGUACCGGAGGUGUCGGUGAUCCGGUGGUGUACUGUAUGGUUCGAGUACUGGUACCGAGUGCCACCGAAGAGGCGGAUGACCGGAAACACUUUCGCAGGACGCUUCUCGAUCGUGGCAUUUGUCUGACGACGGCUCGUGAGCUCGUGCAGAACUAUACUCAAGUUGGCGUUCCUGCCACGUUUCCUGCUUCGUGGAAGCGAACGGAUCGUUACAUUCUGAGCCGCAGGUUCUAUCCACCUACGUAUCACCCGCACCCCGAGGAGGAACGUGUGGCCAGUGUUCUGGUGCGUCGUAGGCUAGUGACCAACACUCAGGCCCAAGUGUCACCGCCCUACACGGAGAUAGAAUACUGUUUGAGGAACUUUUCGCGCGGACACUACAACGUAGCGUUGAAGGUUACACUCUCGAUUGGCGUUAGUCUGGCGUGUAUUCUGUGUGUCAAACGAUUGUUGUGGCCAUCCAGAGUGUUGUUGGAACCUCACGUAGCCCGUGGUGAGUGCCAGCGACACUUUCUGCUGUUCGACUUGUACAAAUGCUACGGUCUGGUUGGGGUGGUUCUUGCCCAUUGCUGCUUGUUUGGGCCGUUUCUGAUGCCGAUGAAGGAUAUGGCCGAGCUGGAAAGGGUACUAACCCAACCCAACAUCAAGCUGGCCCGCAUGGUGUUUCCGUUUCUGAUGCUGGUCUUCUUCAUCAUGAGCUCCAUGCUGCUGACGGUGAAGCUGCUGGACAAUGCCAGAAGAUCUGCUCCCCAGCGACCUACAUUAGCGGCGAUCAUCGGGCACCGGUUGAUAAGAUUACAACCGCUGAACGUGCUGACGGUGGGCUUUUGUGCGCUCGCCUAUGAGCACUUCGUCGCUGGACCGCUUGGACCGCGCCAGCUGAUUGUGGAGCAGACCAUGUGCCGGACGCACUGGCUGACCAAUGUGCUGUUCCUGUCCAACUACAACACGCGCGAACCGUGCCUGCCACACUCGUGGUACGUGAGCACCGACUUCCAGCUGUUCGUCACGACGGCCACCGUGCUCUGCGCACUCCAUAGGUGGCCACACUGGAAAAGCGCCAUUCUGACAGGCCUAGGGCUGUGUGCGUUCCUGGGACCCUUUCUGAGCGUGCUCGGGAAUGACUUCGAUCCGAUCGGACCCACCAGUCUGCACGAGAUGCGCUUCUUUCUACUCGACAGCCCGUUCAUGGCGCGACUCUACACCCCGUUCUACAACAACCUGUGCUGGAGUGUCGGUGGUAUGGCGGCCGGUUUCGCCUACGAUCGCUGCCGAACUGCGCUCGAGGCGCCUUCGGUGACAGAUGGCCAGAGGAGACGCAUGGUUCGGCGCGUGAACCUAUCGCUGCUGCUGGCACUCACGCUGCUCGCUACGUUCAUCCACCUGACGAUCGAAGCUUCCGAAAGCUCGGCCGAUGCUAGCCGCUGGCGGCUGGCGGCCUACUACGCACUGUACAAGCUUUCGGCGGCCGCUUUCUUCAGUGUGCUCUUCGUGCGCGUUUUGCUAACCGAAACUGAUUUCUACGGUUCCGCGGUCGUCAGAUGUGGUGCAAAGCUUUACUAUGCCGUGUACUUGAUACAUUUUCCGAUUUUUCGCAUCGUGUUUAGUAACGAAACGGCGGUACGGGACGUGUCGGCCGAACUGCUGGUCUGGAUGGGAUUGAAGGUGUUCGUCAUAUCGUACCUCUGCGCCGUGCUGCUUCACUACGCCGUAGAGCAACCACUCGUCGGCUUCUUGAGGCGCAUUUUCUUUCGUUCGUAGUUGGCACUAUGGAGAAAAGACGGUGAUAAACUAAUUUUAAAAAGAGAGGGUGUUAGUUAUAUUUUCCUAAAACAGAUUCCGAAAGAGUGCUAAAAAUGGAGAGUGCACAAUUCUGCAACGGUUAUGUUCCUGUAUUAUACAUCAUUCGAAAGGAACUACUAAAGAAAACUACGAAAAAAUACAUUUUUUCGACUUUGAUAAAGCAGCAAUAUUUCGGUACGAUUUGGUGCAACUAAACGAGGCAUUACAAUUAAAUUUUAAACUAUUUCAAAUUAGGAAGCCACCGAUGGUUGACCGAGGAUGGUGCUCCGGUGAAAAGAGCGAUUCAUAGUAAUUUCAGC